AAGUCUGAUAUCCAGACUUUGUAUGUCUAUAAAUACAUCGUCACCACUAAUUUCCACUCUUAUUUUCCACUAUUAACAACCAUUUCUUCAAAUCUUUUCAUCAAUGGCUACGGAAGCUGAAGUAGCAUCUGCUUUGAAUCAGAUUAAGCUUCAUUUACUCGGCGAUCUUCUUUCGCCUGUUGCUCCAUCUUCCUCAAAUUUGACGGUUUCUACCUCUCACUGCUACUCUAACGAUUCCGUUAUCUCAAACUUUAAUUUCUUUGACAAAAAUGUUAACGUUGACGAUUUUGAAUCUAAACCUCAGAUUAUUAACUUUAUUUCUGAUUCAGAACCUCAAUUCGUUUCUCAAUCGAGAAAUGAAUUCGAAUCGAAGCCUCAAAUUCAAUCCACCGAUUUUUUCAUUUUUGAAACGAAAACUUCAGCUAAUAGAAAACCGUCACUUCAGGUUUCUAUACCUGGAAAAACCGAGUGGAUUCAAUUUUCUGAACCGGAUCAGAAACCGGCUCGAAUUGAGGAAAUAAUGCAUUACAGAGGAGUCCGACGGAGGCCUUGGGGGAAAUAUGCAGCGGAGAUUCGAGACCCGACCCGGAAAGGCACUCGGUUAUGGCUGGGGACUUUUGACACGGCCAUUGAAGCUGCUAAAGCUUAUGAUAGAGCUGCAUUCAAGCUGCGCGGCUCUAAAGCUAUUUUAAACUUUCCGUUGGAGGCUGUGAGGUGUAUCGCACGCGCUGAGAAGGAAAGUGAACAGAAACGAGAAAGGGAGAGUGAGAUUGAAGAGAGGGAAACGAAGAAGAAUAAGGUUGUUAAGGCUGAUGUGGAAACGGAGUUUGCUUUGACGCCGUCGAGUUGGAUGGCGUUGAACGAGAUAUUUGAGGUUACACCUUUGUCUCCGUUAUCUCCACAUCCAUCGUUAGGAUAUCCUCAGCUUAUGGUUUUAUGAGCUAGUUUUUGUUUGUUUCAUUUAAUUUUCUUUUUUCUCUACACAUUUGAGUUCUUAUAUUUUGGAGCUUUUGUAUAUUGUAAAAUUAGUUCUGGUAACUAUAAUUUUUAAUGGAUUCCAUUAAUAAUACUCUCUUUUCCUC